AUGCUAGCUAAUCCAAGACUUGGGUGGCAGAAGCUUCAAGAUGUUUACUACUGUCUCCGACCAUGUUACGAGACAUUAAAUUGGUCAAUUGAAAAUAUUUAUUCCAAUUAUAGGAUAGCGAUAUCAACAAAUACGACACUAAUUGCGUUGGCAUCGAGGUUUGUUCCACAUCCAAAUGUCAUAGACAUAUAUUCGUUGAGUGGAGAUAAAAUAUGGUCCGUUAUUUUUAACAGUACUGCUACAGAACAUAUAGUGGAUUACGUAUUUAGAAACGAGGAAUUAUGUGUCGUUUUGAACAGCCAAAAGUUCAGAUACUAUCAAGAUUUCAAAGGUAACUUUAGCGAACAUUCGUAUACCAAGAACCUAAUAACUCUUGAUGAUACAGGCAUAAAUAAUCCAUUAAACGGGCUGAAUAGAAAGGAUAAUUCUAAUCGGGCAGGUAAUUUUGCUCCGCAACUGCAAUUUAUAACUGAUUUGGAGAGUAACCAACAAGAGGAAGUGUUUCAAAUCCGUGAAGUUAAGAUUUGGGGAAAUUUUCUAGUCUUAAAGUUGACUAAUAGGUUCAUAAUCACAAACUUAGAUACGUUUGCGAACUACCAAAUACCGUUCGAAAUCUCGUUGGCUUCUAAGAUGCAUUGUGUCAAUCCGUUGCAUUUCGACGAUGAGUCUUUAAAUAUGCUUGUCAGUUUUGAUAAGACAAUAAUUCUGAUAAAGAUAGACUUGAGGUUGAGUAAUUACGAAAUUAUAGAUCACGGUUUGACUGAAGGACCUUUUACACAAUUGACAGCAUCACCCAAUGGUCAGUUGAUUGCAUUGUUUAAUUCUCAAGUCGAAAGGAUAUUUGUCAUAAGUAAUAAAUUUGACCAAGUCUUACUCGAAUAUGACACUUCUAAUGAUUCCUCUUCGCCAUAUCAAGUAGAAUGGUGUGGAAAUGAUGCUAUUGUACUCUCUUUAAAAGACGAGUUGAAGUUGAUUGGACCCGGCCAAAAUUCAAUUUCCUUUUUUUAUGAUAUCAUUGAUGAGGAAGACUUUGAUUUGGACUCACUUUCAAGAAGCAAUCAAAACGAAGAAUUUUCUUUUACCAUCCCAAUAUUUAAAACUGAGCCUGAUGGCUUGAAAAUUAUUACUAAAAAGAAAGUUGAGUUUUUAAGUCGAGUUCCUGAUGUUAGUAUAAACCUACAUCAAAUUGGAUCAUCGCAUCCAAGCAGCAUAUUACUUGAUUGCAUUGAUAAAUUAUCGCAACAUGCAUCUAAGUCAGAUACUAAUAUUUCUCUUUUAAAAUCAGAUGAUUCCCUUCUUCUUGCAAUUAAUGAUUGUUUAAAGGCAUCUCUUAAUGAAUUUAAUCAAUCAUGGCAAAAAAAAAUGUUAAAGGCGGUGUCCUUUGGAAAGGCUUAUUACGAUGAUUAUUAUAAUGCUGAUGAAUACUUAAAAACUUUGAACUACCUCAAGGUAUUGAAUCAGUUAGGAUCAUCGGAACUUGGAAUAUUUUUAACUUACAACGAGCUUUUAAGUAUUGGAUGGGAGGAAUUGAUCCAAAUGUUAUUAAGAAGAGACUUACAUUUCCUUGCAUUAAAAGUGAUCGAUUUACUUGAUUUACAGAACUUGAAAGAACUCGUGUAUAUCCAUUGGUGCUGUUACAAGAUAAGAAAAGAAAUGAAUAUGUCCGAUAUGGAGCUUUUUGAAAUAAUUUCUAAGAAGCUAACAUCAGCUAUUGGUCCGAAUAUUAAAAAUUCGAGAAAUUAUAUAUCUGUUGACAAGAUAUCGAAUGUUGCCUAUGAGGAAGGCCGUAUCAAUUUGUGCAAAUUAUUGAUCAAUUUUUCACCUUCUGCAGUAAAAAAGGUAAACCAGUUUUUGAAAUUUGGAGAAUUUGAGUUGGCGUUGAUAAAGUCAUUUCAGAGUGGAGAUUAUGAUUUAUGUCGUUUACUUUUACUCCAUCUUCGUGAUAUAUUAUCGGUAUCACAGUUUUUUAAAAUUCUAAACCAAAACGAACAAAAAGGUUUAAUUACUGAUACUUCUAAUAAAGAAUUCAAAGAUAAAGGCUCAUCAAACGAAUUUUUGUUUAUUAGCGGUGACUUAAUAGGAAACUUUUGGGUGGAAAGUAUUGGCAAGUUUAACAAAUCAUCAUUAAAAAAGUUUUAUAAACAGGAAGACAAAACCUCGGACCUUAAACUUCUAGAAGUAAAAUCAUUCAUAUCAAAGUCAGACGUUGAUGAGACAGAAAACGAAAGUUAUUACGAUACGUAUAAGUUGCAACUAUCGAAAUUGACUGGUCGCACCACUAAUAAGAAAAGCGCAAGAAUAUAUCAACGUGAAAUCGAAAUUUUAGAGCUAAAGAAACGACUUUCGGAAACAUAUCAAGUCAAUUUUUUUAAAGAGGAAUCAGUCAAUCCAAUUCUCAUAAAAUUAAUACAAAUGCAUCAAAUAAAGCCUGCUUUAAAAAUUGUAAAAGAGUUAAAAAUUCGUCAAGAGAAAUUUUGGUAUCUAGUGCUUGAUGCGUAUACCAAAAACAAGGAAUUUGAUAAGCUAUAUCAGUUUGUGUCGCACAGAAGUGAUUCAAAAAGUGACAAACCUAUUUUCAAGUCUCCAAUAGGGUUUAAGCCGUUUGUCGAGACCUGCAUGGCAUAUAAUGGGCCUAAGGAUCAGAUUUCAAUUUACAUCAACAAUUGCUCUGAUAUUCACUACUCUGAAAAAGUUGAAAUGUAUAUGCAAAAUGAGGAUCUAAUCCUGGCUGCUAAUGAAGCUUUUAAAUAUAAGGACAUUAACCUUUUAAAGGUAAUUAAAGAAAAUGCUAUGAACCUUGGUAAUGGGCAUGAAAAUAUGUUGAACGUAGUCAAGAGCUAUAUUACAAGAUUAGGCUAUUAA